CGCAUGUAACCACUUGCACUAAAGCAAGCAAACUCUUUGUAGACCUGUCACUUCCGGCAAAAACAAAUCUGUUAACCAAUAUAACAAAUGAUUUGUAGAUUAAGUCUGCGAUUUGUAACAUUUCUGAAUAUGGCUGAUGUUAAAUAGAAGUCCAACGUUACAAGCUUUCCCCCAAUUAUCUUCAGCUGACAGAAGUCUGUCCUGUCGUGAAACUCAAGUGACAUUUAAAUUUUCACGGAGAAAAUUAAUAACUUGAGUAUUUAUUGAUAUAAGUCAUUUUGGGAAUUCACCUUUGAAAACGAAUACCAUAGUCUGAAAUAAAUCAAAAAUGCCCCCAAAAUUUUCAAGAAAUCCUGACGGUUCUGACAGACACAAUUCCAGAGAUGUUGAAAGGCAAGCUCUUUUAGAUGCAGAAUCUGAAGAAGAUGAUUUCUUCUUAAGCGGCCCUGGAGUGAACACAAGAGCACUGCCAGACCCCAAGAUAGGUCGUCUAAGGGGCCAGGUGGAUGAGGUGGUGGGGGUGAUGAAGGAGAAUGUAUCCCGAGUCAUAGAGCGAGGGGACAGGCUGGAAGACCUGCAGGACAAGUCAGAUAGCCUUGCAAAUAAUUCCGACAUGUUUAGAAGUCGAGCCAAAGCAUUACACAAGAACAUGUGGUGGAAAAAUUGCAAGAUGAGGAUGAUUCUGGUGCUGGUUAUCAUUAUCAUAUUGGCCAUUGUCAUCAUUCCAAUUAUCAUUACACAGACAAAGAAAAAGAAUCCCUGAUCCUUCUGCAGAACUGCCCUACACCAACAGCUAUGGUUGCUCAUGGAAGGAGAACUGUAGAUUAGCCCUUAAACAAAUCAUACAAAAUUAGUGUAGAUGUAUUAUGUUGUUUAUUUCAAUGGGGUGUAUUUACUGCUAAUCCUGUUAUGUAUUUUUAAAAACGAGAUUUUCUUUUUAAAUGUUUUUUUCUGUUAAUAACUAAGCCUGCCAACAGUUUAUUGGUACAUAAAAAGUGGUGUGGCAUGGUUAUGGUACAACAAUUAGUGUGUUAUACUUUAAUAAAUUUAAAUUCUGCUGUUUUUGUUAUGUAUUAUUUGCUUGUUGUUUAUAAUUAUGCUUUUAAAAAAAGUAUUGUUUCCUAAGAGUCUGUUCAUCAACCUGUUUUUAAACUGCAAGCUGUUAUAUUUGUGUUGCUGACAUUAAUUUUUGAUUACAUUUUCUCAUAUUAAUAUUAAUAUCUGUAAUAUUCAGCUAACAUACAAGUGUAAAAUUAUUUAAGAAAUAGUAAACCCCACUGAGGUCUCUAUGGCAUUAUAGUGACCAGCCAGGCAACCACAAACCACAUUGGGACGGAAGUGGAGUUUACUAUUUCUUAUAUUACACCGAAGAGUGUCCCCUGUACCAUUGUACAGUGUUGUACGAUUGUUUAUGGUUUAGUACCUUAACAUGGAUAGAAUAUCAGAAGUUUGUAGCCCUGCAGAACGUCCGCAAUGUUGGGCCUGUUAUACUGUAAGAAAUGCAGGUUAAUUUAUUUUUAACCAGGUUUUCCGAAGGAAAAAACUGGUUAUUAGAUUAGCGAAUGCGGGCGGGCUGGCUGGCUGGCUGGCGGGCUGGCGGAAUAAGCUUGUCCGGGCCAUAACUAUGUCGUUCAUUGUCAGAUUUUAAAAUCAUUUGGCACAUUUGUUCACCAUCAUUGGACGGUGUGUCGCGCGAAAUAAUUACGUCGAUAUCUCCAAGGUCAAGGUCACACUUUGAGUUCAAAGGUCAAAAAUGGCCAUAAAUGAGCUUGUCCGAGCCAUAACUAUGUCGUUCAUCGUCAGAUUUUAAAAUCAUUUGGCACAUUUGUUCACCAUCAUUGGACGGUGUGUCGCGCGAAAUAAUUACGUCGAUAUCUCCAAGGUCAAGGUCACACUUUGAGUUCAAAGGUCAAAAAUGGCCAUAAAUGAGCUUGUCCUGGCCAUAACUAUGUCAUUCAUUGUGAGAUUUUAAAAUCAUUUGGCACAUUUGUUCACCAUCAUGGGACGGUGUGUCCCACGAAAGAAUCACGUCAAUAUCUCCAAUGUCAAGGUCGCCACGACUAAAAAUAGAUUUAAAAAAAAAAAAAAACUUACAAAGGGGGUUAUUUUUUUUUGGUCAUUUCAAAAGUUCAGUUUGAGUUUUCUCCCUUUAUCAGAUUUUUUUUUCACAAUGAAAACCUGGUUUUGUGACAAUUUUGUCCCUUGUUGAAUAAUGUUGUAGUUUUCACUUAAAAAAAAAAAGCUAGUUUACUUUUUAAACAUUUAAUGCACAUCUUGAAUGCAAUAAAUGACAACUAAUGUUUAAAAAUAACAGAAAUAAAUAUUGUUUAUUUUAUAUUACAUGUAUAUAUUUUAUAAAAAAAAUUAUGAUGUCUAUUGUGAAUUUCGCUUGUUGCUUAGCAAAUCCAAGUCUUAUUGCCAGCAAAGAUGAACGUUUACAAAAUUCACCAUUCUUGUUUCUUAGUGCAGUGUAAAAUUUUGUCAAUAACCACUGACCUCUUCCUUUUCUGAGUUUUAGAAGUCCUGCAGAUAAUCCAUUUCUUUUAAAUAUGCCCUGAACAUUGAGACUGCAUACUUAGUUGCACAUUGUGUGCUUUUAGAAUCUUUAUUGUCUAAAAUUUCUAUUUAUUUGUUGUCAGUUAAUUUUGUGAAUCUGGCAGCAGACGUCAAUGUUUUUUACUAACAGUUACAGCAAAAUACUACGCUGUUCAAUAAAAACCCUUACACACAGUGCAAAUUUAGUGGUGCGUAACCCCGACGGUCAAUAUACAAAAAAUAGUGACCGGUCCAUAUACUCUUAGGUUUCUCUAUCCCAUUUUACAGACUGAAACCGGUCCUAUAGAUAUACAAGGACAAAUAUCUCUGAGGUGUAAUAGAUAUAUAGGAUUUUGAUGUCAACAUAUUAUCCUCCAAUCUUUAAACCGGAAUAUGAAUAUUAAAAAACAAAUAUCUAUUUCCAAACAAUCGUUAUGGCACCUUAAAUCAAAUUGCACAACCGAAGUUGUGUCUCUGUGUCUCGUGAACAAAUCUGCACAGAAAAUUUGGGUUUUCCCAACAGUGUACAUGUUGCAUGUACAUGAAGUAGUUGUCUGCUGUACAGAGGUUAUUUGCAAGUAAAUAAAAUUAUAAUUGUUUAUUCUGUUCUUCUUCUUCUAAACUUAUUUUCUACUUUUGUAUUCGUUAGAUUUUAUAUCUAACGAAAAAAAGUAAUACGAGCCUACAUACUUUACCUGAAGUUCAUAUCUAGGAUCUUUGUGUCUGCUUCAAGCAAAUGUCUUUAGGGUUGUGAUUUUAUAUAAAAAUUAAUGAUACUGAUAUGUUUGGAUGAAGUCUACAAUUAAAUUGGAAAAUUUGAUAUUGUUCUAUUGUUUAUAAGUGUAUGAGUCAUUGUGUUUUUGUUGUAUUGUUUUCUAUGAUGUGUCAAGAUUUACCUUUAUUGUCUUAAGGCUUGAUGCAUGUUUUGAUGCAUACUGAGCCAUAUUUGUUCUCUAGUUUCAUGUUUAUAGGCCCUUGUUCUGUGCUUUUGACUGUCUUCAUAGAGGUGAAGGCAUAUAUAAUUGAUUAAAAGCUAAAGUAACCAAAACAAGAAGUAUAGUUUAUAAGAGAACAUUUCACAUUUUUCAUAUAUUUUAAGAAUAUUUUUAACACAAACAGUGUUAAUAUUAUGUAGCUGGACUACAAAAAGAACACAACUUCAAUUAUAAUUUCAUAAAAUCCUGGCUACUGUACGGCAUGUAUAUUCUUAGGGACAAGUUUAGUUGUGAGUUAUAUGAACUUGUUAUUUGUACCCAUAUAUUUCUAAUGUAUUGGUUGUUAUUUGUACCCAUAUAUUUCUAAUAUAUUGGUCCAACACUUUAGAUAAUAUAGUUUUUACUUAAUUUGAUGAUGUUUUUUAAACAACUCUGUCAUUCCAUUAUGUUUCCUUGUCCCUUGUCAGCAGUUUUAUAUUGUUUAUGAAAAAUGUCAUUUUUAAAUUGUGAUCAUGGAAAACUGUCAAUAGCCACCAAUGACAAAACAUAACAUUGUGUGUUUGACCAACUUAUGUUCGUGUAUGAAAUUGCAGUUUAACACAGCUAAUUGUACCGGAAGCUGUCAGUUCCCUGUGUUUCAAAAGUUUUACUUAAUGGUGUUCUGUCAUCACAUUAUUUGUGUUUAUCACUCUCCAAAAAGCCUAUAUAUCUUUCAUCAGUGGAUGCCAUAUUUAUUAUUCAUAAAUUACUUAGAAGACAUUCCAAAAUUAAGAAGUUUUAAAUUCAUGACAAUCAUAUAUUUAUCCUUUUCCAUACUUCAUUUGUCUUUAUAAUCAUGUAUUUGUGAUGCAUUCGGUACCAGUGUUACUAAUAUAUGUUUAAGUCACUUUAUGCAUAACAACAUGGAGCGUAUAUAUGUCAUCUAGAGUCCGUGGUAAUAACCUACGUGCAUAAUAUCUUGUAUUUGUACAAAUGUAGCUUUAGGAGAUUGUUAAUAUGAAAGCUGUUGUUAGCUUCUUAACAUGAAAGCUGUUGUUAGCUUCUUAACAUUAUACAUAAUAUAUCCGUCGUGGGGCUGUUGAUACAAAAUACUAAAUUUUGUAAAUAUUUAUUAAAUGUUUAUUCAAUUCAAGUUCUGUUUAUAUUUAUUUCUUGUUAUGUAUUUAUUCAUUAUUUAUUGAACAAAUGCUCUUCAUUAUUAAGGGUAAAUGUAUUGUGGAAAUAAAUGCUAUGAUAUUGGU